UGUGUGCAAAACAAAAUAAGCAGAAGCGCAUCGGUUGCGAGGUGGUGGUGGGGGGUACAUGCCUUUGGUGAACGGUCGGUCCCGGAGGACCCACCGUGAAAAGUUCCUCGAUGAAUGGAUCAGCAGCGAUGAAGAAGACAACUGAUCGGCCUCCCUAAACGAUCAUAGGGAGCUCCGACCGGCGCGGCGGCGGCACCAUGAAGGAAAUGGUGGGCGGCUGCUGCGUCUGCUCCGACGAGCGCGGCUGGGCAGAGAAUCCACUCGUGUACUGCGACGGCCAGGGCUGCACCGUAGCCGUCCACCAAGCCUGCUAUGGAAUUGUGCAAGUGCCCACUGGGCCUUGGUUCUGCCGGAAGUGCGAGUCUCAGGAAAGAUGUGCUCGUGUUCGGUGUGAGCUGUGUCCAUCCAGGGACGGUGCACUCAAGAGAACUGACAACGGCGGCUGGGCACAUGUUGUCUGUGCAUUGUACAUCCCGGAGGUGCGCUUUGGCAACGUGACCACCAUGGAGCCCAUUGUGUUGCAGCUGGUUCCGCAGGACCGUUACAGCAAGAGUUGCUUCAUCUGCGAGCAGCAGCACCACGAGAGCAAGGCGUCCAUUGGAGCAUGCAUGCAGUGCAACAAGUCUGGGUGCAAGCAGUACUUCCAUGUCACAUGUGCGCAGGCAGCGGGUCUUCUCUGUGAAGAGGCUGGAAACUACAUGGACAACGUCAAGUACUGCGGGUACUGUCCCUACCACUACCAGAAACUGAAACGGGACAGCAACAUCAAGAUCAUCCCGGCCUUCAAGCCUAUUCCAGCAGAUUGCAAUUCACGUGAGGGCAGCCCUGAACGCAAGCCCACCAGGGCGCGCAUGAAGGGGGGCAGCAGUAUGAGUGCGGAGCGGCGUGGAUGCAGUCGGCCGCCAUGCAAUGGCCAGGUGUCCUCAGACGGUGGUGCCAGCAGCGAUGCCACUGAGCCACGCAAUGGUGCUACGUCUGGGGGGUCGUCGCCCUCGCCAAGCACGGGCACACCCAGUACUCCAGUGCCUCAGCUGCCGGGCAAAUUCACGACAGCCAACUUCACGGAGGCAACGGUGGUGCAGACAGGCAGCCCUGUGUUUGGGGAGCGGCAGCGCAAGCGGGGUCGCCCGCUGGGCAGCACCAAGGAGGCCAAGGCCCAGCAGGCCGCACAGCAAGCCGCAGCCGCUGCCGCAGCAGCAGCACAAGCUGCACAGCAGGUCGCAGCUGCUCAACAAGCAGCAGCUGCUCAGCAAACCACAGCUGCUCAGCAGCAGCAACCGCAGCAACCACAGCAGCCGCAACAGCAGCAACCCCUGCAGCAACAGUCACCGCAGCAACAGCAGCAGCAGCAGCCUGUACCACUGCUGCAGGCCAAGACGGAACCACUCUCUCCCCCGCCAUCGUCACUGUCCAGCAACAACCCAACGCCCAGCUUCAGCAGCAUCUACGAAAAUUUAGUGGGCAGCAGCCGCCAUAGUGAGAAGAGGCCAAAGGCCAAACGGCCCUCCCCAUCCCAGGGUGGCAGCAGCAGGGCAUCGCCGUCGAGCAGUGGGGAGCGUGAGACCGCCAAAAAUGGCAGCGUGGGUGGUGGCAAGCGCUGUGCCAGUACGUCAGGCGGCCCGAGGCUUCGCAAGAAGGUGCCCCCCAUGCUGUCGCCGUCUGCUCAAACGGCAGCUGCCAGCGCAGCUACCAACGGCCUGCCUCCGGUGAUGGGAAGUGGCGAUAUUGACCACACAUAUUACCGUAAAGGAGGACUGCGUUGCAUUAUGAAAGAACCAAAGACACGGCCUGUCAAGUGCCAAGAACCUUUCCACUGCUGGGAGCUGAGCCUGGGUGGUGAAGAAGGUAGCCGUCCUGCGUCUGCCGACUCCGUGCUUACGCAGCCUGCCCGCCUUGAGUCGGAUGAUGCCACAUUAGAGUCUAGCAACAUUCAAGGCAAGAUGCUGCAGCCACCCGAGGACCAUGAUGACAAAAGUGGACGGGUAUCUGCAACACUACCCCCGGAAGGCUGGGCCUCGACGUGCCAAGUUGGGCCACCUCGUAUGACCAUGCCUCGGAGUCCUGCUUGGCCCGAAUCGGCUGCUGUACCAAGCUUGAUGCCGCAGUCCCUGGAGCAGCUGCUUGAACGUCAGUGGGACCAGGGCUCUGGCUUUCUCAUGAGGCAGGCCCAGCACUUUGACAUUGCAUCAUUGCUGUCGUGCCUGCAUCAGCUGCGCUCGGAGAACAUGGAGUUGGAGUCUCGCAUCAAUGGCCUGCAGGCGCGCAGGGACCAACUGCUGGCUGUCAGCGCACGACUGAUGGGUCCCCUCAGAGAAGGAGUUGCGCCCCCCUUAGUCACAUCCAGUUCUCCCAUGCCCCUCGUGUCCCAUGCCUCUGCUGCAGAAGUCAAUGCUGCGGCGGCCAUGAGUUUUGGCACGAGGGCACAUUUGCCCACAUCUUCCGUGGGCUCUUCAAUGGAGAAGCACACUGGUGUGCCACUGGGCUUCCCCCUUGGCUUUCCCUCUUCGGUUCAGCCAUCCAAUGACCACCAGCCACACCAGGCAAACGAGUUGAGUGCAGCAUCACAGCAUGGCUUUCCUGGCCGGCCAGCGAUGGGGCACCCAGAAGGAGUGCCCUCCAACGAGAACUCAUCGCAUCGAGGCUCCACGCUGUCCACCUCUCGCCAGCCGAGCAAUAGCUAGGAGCCACACGCAUCAUUUCAGCGCCGUUUGUACAGGAUACAUUCUCAUGAUGUUGCACAUCAAGGAAGCAUUGUCAACUGUUCGCACUUGGGACAAGCUAUGCCCUGAUUGUCCGGCAGGCUUUGUGGCGGAACAGACUGCAGGGAAAGUCAUUGAUAAUGUAAUUUUAUUGUUUUAUACUUCAUCGCUACUCAGAGAUUAGCAACAUGGUUCCCUCCCCCUGGUCGGGAUGUCUGCAUUUCAACUCUACACUCAGUGGAAACUGUUUUACAAAAGUCUUUUACCACUUCGUUGUCUGCCUCUGUCAAAAGAAGAAAAGAAGAGACUGACUUGUAGCAAAGGAUGAGCACAGCUCUACAAGCCUUUGCCUCGUGCAUCUCAGCAUAGCUCGACUUCUUCCCUUUCCCAUUUUCACUGUUGUGUUCAGUACAGAGUCAGUGUUAAUGUUGUGGCAGCUGCUGUCAUAUUGGACACUUGUUUCAGUUCAUGUGUGCCGUCAGGUUGGCUGGCAAUCGAAGGUGCAAAAAUUCAUCUCAUGUUUCAGCUAAUGCUGCAGAAAACAAAGGGACUUUCCAAAGGAGAGGCUACUCUUCAUUUUAAUGAUUUCUAUGUCUUGUAUAUUUGUAUAUUUACCUGUGAUGUAAGAGUCUUGCUCCUAUUAACUUAUGGCAUGCCCCCGAUUGAGCAGGAACCUUACAGCAACUGGUGUUAGCUACGAAAUAGAUGCAGGCGUUCCUCGGCACAAGCUGUACAAGUGCCGUUUGUCCCGACACACACCAGUCCUCUAUGUUCCCUUGUUAACUGAGUUGCUGUCUGGUGUUUUAUGGUCGCCCUUGAAGUUACCUUGGCCUCUAGCUGCCUGGCCUCUUUCUUCAUUUGGACAAUUCAGCCAGGCGUUUAUCAAAACCUUCUUCCCUUGGCAGAUGUCCUGCAAUGAUGCCAUUACACUGUACAAAAGUUCAUGUUCAAAUUGUUUUUGUUUGUGUAACCUGUACAAAAAGACAAUGAAUCACGUUGAGAUCUUUUAAGUGGCAUAAAUGUUCAUUUCUGUUAAUUUUGACAAUAUGUAUUGUUUGUGCAGUAUUUUUUUCUUCCUACUGCAUGUCUUGUAAAUAGUAAAUAAACGUCGGCAUUUUUAUGCGGCUUUCUUCUA